AUGGAGCGGGCGCAUCUCGCGCUCUGGGCCGCAGCACUCGCCGCGCUAACGCUGCUAAGCGGGCCACCCGCAACUGGAGCCGGCGCAGGCGCGGCCGGCGUGGGCCCCGUGGUACGCUGCGAGCCGUGCGAUGUGAGCUCCCUGGAGCAGUGCCUGCUGCCGCCCGCUGGACCCGCGUGCACUGAGCUGGUUCGCGAGCCAGGUUGUGGCUGCUGCCUGACCUGCGCGCUGCGUGAGGGCCAGGCGUGUGGUGUGUACACCGAGCGCUGCGGUACUGACCUGCGCUGCCGGCCGCCAUCUGGCGAGCCGCGUCCGCUGCAGGCGCUGCUGAAGGGCCGCGGGCUCUGCACUAACAUUAGUGCAGCAGCUCCCCUGCGCACCUACCUGCUUCGCGAAUCGCCUGCGUCAGGAAAUGUUAGUGAGUCAGAAGAACAAAAUGCUGGGAGCAUGGAAAACCAGGCACUCCCCAGCACACAUCGGCUGUCAGACUCCAAAUUCCAGCCUUUCCACACCAAGAUGGAUGUUCUCAAGAAGGGACAUGCCAAGGACAGCCAGCGAUACAAAGUGGACUAUGAAACUCAGAGCACAGACACCCAGAACUUCUCCUCAGAGUCCAAACGGGAAAUAGAAUAUGGCCCUUGCCGCAGAGAAAUGGAGGACACACUGAACCACCUCAAGUUCCUCAAUGUUUUAAGCCCCAGGGGUGUGCACAUCCCUAACUGUGACAAGAAGGGGUUUUAUAAGAAAAAGCAGUGUCGCCCCUCCAAAGGCAGAAAGCGGGGCUUUUGCUGGUUUGUGGACAAGUAUGGACAGCCCCUCCCAGGCUAUGAAGCCAAAAGGAAAGGUGAAGUCCACUGCUACAACAUGGAGAACAAGUAG